UGGCUGGUGGGUUCAACUACUCCAUCUCCUUAGACAAGGGGCAGAUGCACCAGGACACCAAGAAGGGCCGACAUUGGUCUUGGUGUGAAAAGGAGUCCACACUGUGUCUGGAUGAGGCCUGCACAAUGCAGACGCUCCAGGAAGGCACAAUUCAAAUGUUAGAGUCCCUGGUACCAGCAUACCCAAGUGAAAACAUCUCCUACAUCACCACAUUCCUGGACCCCUACCAGGCCUUCACCAGCUCCCAACACAUCCUGGGCCAUUUUUUUAAAAGAUACAGACACUCCUUCCCAUGUUCAGACGUGGAGGAAGGAACAGAAGAACCACUGAAAAGUGCCAGCUCCAGUGCCCCAGCCUGCUGCAAAGUCAGAACAAAGGCCAACUCUGGAUUUAGAGCAUGAUCCAGCUCUAUUUUUACUACCGCCUUUAGUGAUGGAGCCACCAUCAAAGGCUCCAGUAUUGGAGC